UGCAGCCCUCUCGCGCUGGGAGAGCACACCUCGGAGCGAGCACGGCCGAGAGAGUUAGGGCUUUAUUACCUCGUCGUCCUAAAACGAACACUCUCGUACCCAACGAUACUUGGAAAGUGCUUUUGUUUGAAUAAAUAGUUGAGCCAAGCUCCAGACAGUUUUUUAGUGGAUUUCUGUUGUGUUAUUUAAAUUGGCAGGAUGGGAAUGAGAGGGUGGAAUUGGUGGGUGCUGGUGUGCACCUCGCUGGCUGUCCUGCCCGCUCUCACGGAGGGAAAGACGGUGAAGUAUGAGACAUUUGAGGAGGACGCCCCGACGACUGUCAUCGGAAACUUGGCCAAGGACAUUUCAAUCAGCCCCUCCUCGGGCUCCAAGACAAAUUUCAGGAUGAUGAAGCAGUUCAACUCGUCUUUUAUCCGUUUGAGGGAGAGCGACGGCCAGCUGACUAUCGGAGAGAGAAUUGACAGAGAGAGAAUUUGCAAACACACCCUUCACUGCCUCAUCGCAUUUGAUGUGGUCAGCUUCUCCAAAGAGCAGUUCAAACUCAUCCACGUCGAGGUGGAGGUCAAGGACAUCAACGACAAUUCCCCCGAGUUCCCCCGGAAAGAGUCGAGUCUGGAGAUCUCCGAAAACACAGCUGUGGGCACGCGGAUCCCGUUAGACUUCGCUGUGGAUGAGGACGUGGGUUUGAAUUACAUCCAGAGCUACCAGAUAUCCGUUAACAGUCACUUCACCAUUGAUGUGCUCAGCAGAGCCGACGGGGUUAAAUAUGCGGAGCUUGUGCUCAUGAAGGAGCUGGACCGUGAGACACAGGCUUCCUAUGCGCUCGAGCUGGUUGCUAUGGAUGGUGGCAACCCGUCCCGCACUGGAACGACUCGCAUCAACGUCAAGGUGAAAGACUACAAUGACAACAGCCCGGUGUUCGACAGGAACAAUUUCUCAGUCGACCUCCCUGAGGACGCACCGGUAGGGUUUCUCUUACUGGACCUGAACGCAGAAGACCCGGAUGAGGGGCUGAAUGGGGAGGUGGUGUAUGGGUUCGGUAACCAGGUGCCAUCAGAGAUUCGACAACUUUUCAGAGUGGAUCGCAAAACGGGACGCCUCACCCUUGAGAGCCCCAUUGACUUUGAAAGCAAAAAAACGUAUGAAUUCGACGUCCAGGCGACUGACCUGGGUCCAAACCCGAGCCCGGCUAUCUGUAAGAUAGUGGUGCAGGUGCAGGACGUUAACGACAACGCGCCAGAGAUCUCCAUCACGCCUAUGACCUCCAUCACGGCGGGAAUCGCCUAUAUCACGGAGUCUGCGGCACGCGAGAGUUUUGUUGCUCUAGUCAGCACCUCGGACAGGGACUCUGGUGCUAACGGACAGGUGCACUGCACGCUCUACGGCCACGACCACUUCAGGUUGCAGCAGGCAUACGAGGACAGCUUCAUGAUCGUGAGCACAAGCCCGUUGGACCGGGAACAAAUCCCUGAGUAUAAUCUAACAGUGGUGGCAGAGGACUUGGGUUCCCCACCAUUCCGGACCAUCACCCAGUACACCAUCCGGUUAAUGGAUGAGAAUGACAAUGCCCCUGUGUUCAGUAAGCCGGUGUAUGAAGUGGCUGUGGUGGAGAAUAACGCACCGGGUGCUUACAUCACCACGGUGGUCGCCAGGGACAUGGACUUGGGCCACAACAGUAAGGUGAGCUACAAGCUCGCUGACGCCUAUGUCAUGGGCUCUCCAGUGUCCGCUUUUGUCUCACUGGACCCCGCGAGUGGCUCCCUUUAUGCACUCAGGAGCUUCAACUAUGAAGUCAUGAAACAGCUCGAGCUCCGCAUCACAGCCAGCGACGGUGGGUCCCCGCCUCUCACCGGAACCUCGACCGUUAACAUUAGGAUAGUGGACCAAAACGACAACGCACCUGUCAUCAACCAGCCCGUGCUCAAUAAUGGGUCCGCGGAGGUUCUGCUGCCCCGGGAUGCGCCCUCAGGCUACGUCAUCACCCGGGUGGAGGCGCAAGAUGCUGAUGAGGGCUUGAAUGCAGAGCUGUCCUACAGACUUGCCUUUGGAGAGGCAUCCGUGUUCUCCGUUAACAAAGCCACCGGAGAGGUCUACCUCAACCGCGUGCUCAGUCACGGCGUGGACGAGACCCUGCGCGUGACCGUCACGGUGAGUGACAACGGGAGACCUGCGCUCACCACCACCGCCACGCUUCACUUCCUCAUCAUUGCGGGCACCCCUCCGAGCGACAGGACCGUGUACCGGGCAGGCAGCAGGGAGGCAGGGGAGCACACACAGUGGGACCUGUCAGUGGUGAUUAUCAUCGUCCUCGCGGGGAGCUGCACGCUCCUGCUGUUAGCCAUCAUCCUCAUCGCCACCACCUGCAGCCGGCGGAAACGGGACAAGACUGGAGAUGACACCGACUCGUACGGGGAGAAGGAGACUCUGGAAAGAGGCAAAAACAACGGCGACAACCCUCUGCUGCCGCUCCACGGAGUCGUGGGAGGGUUUGAAGCCCACACCUUCUCGAACCAGCCUGGUUUUUCCGGGGAACACACUGGUAGCAGUGACCUGUGCUCUGCCUCAGAAGAUGGGAGCGAGGCCCCGUGCGUUUACGAACCGGACAGCAAACCCAAGGGCUACUCCACUCUGCCCGGCUACGGAAACGGCUACAAUAACGGUAAAGAAGUGGUCAGACCAAUCACCAUCUGGAAGGGCAACUCCUACACCACCAUCUCCGCAAGAGACCCCGCAUUCAGCGGGAAGGACAGCGGGAAAGGCGACAGUGACUUUAACGACAGUGAUAGUGACAUCAGUGGCACCGACCUGAAGAAGGAGGGAGCACCGGUACCCCCCAUGGGUGGCCAGAGUGGUCUAUGGGCGUGUACCAGUGAGUGUAAGAUUCUGGGUCAUUCUGACCGCUGCUGGAGCCCUUCCACUGUCCACGCUAACACCGGUCCCUCGCCCGUCCCCACCCCCACCGGCCAGACUCUCUCCUCCUUCAACAGUCUCUCCAAGACGGCCUCGCUGCCCCGAGACUCGCUCCGGCGGGACAAUUAUUACCAGGCGCACAUCCCCAAAACAACCGGCCUGCAGAGUGUGUAUGAGAAGGUUCUGCAUAGAGAAUAUGACUAUGUCCUGGUCACUCCUCCAAUACCCAUGAGAGUUCAGGAGAUUAGUGAAAUCACGAUCCCAGUCUACGGUCCGACCACCACACGGUGUCCCAGCAAUGAAGUCUAGAGAAUAACCUACAUAACAGCAUUCAAAAAUGUGUUUCAUUUAGUUUAUAAAACCAUGACAAUGAGAAUUACAUGUUGCUUACAAAUGUAGGAGAUUAUUUGUCAUGCAAAUUAGUUUGUAUAUCCUAAUGAAUAUUUGUGUAUUUUGAAUUUUUUGUGUUUCAAUGUAAAAGUCACAUUUGGACUCUAUCCAAUCACUGUUAAGACUUUGUUGGACAUAUACUGUGUAACUUAUGCAAGGAUUUGUACAUAAAGAGAGUUUAUUUUUUUAAUAAAAAAUCUUCAUUAAACACCGACGAUGUGUACAUAUGAAUUGUAAUUAUACUGAUUCUAAGGCAUGUCUACUAUUCAAAUGGCCCAGAAACCACGGUUUGAUGCCGGAGACCCAAUGUAUCAAGUUGAUAACUAUGUAUGAAUUUAUUUAAAUGCAAUGAUGUAAUAAUUGUUUCGAUUUUCUAUCACCAUAUUCGAAAGAAAAAUAAACGUUGAAAUACCGUUUUGAAACCUUAA